UCUCCCCGAGUGUAUAUACAUUAUACAUAACAUAAUUGUAUCAUUACUCCACCGGGAAAGCACUGACCACUCCAAUGGCCGCCGCACUCACCUCCAACCGCCUCCGAACUGAAACCGCGCAGCUGCUCCACUCUCCUCCGUCCUUCCCUCGCCCUCGUGGUGCUCUCAACCUCAGGAAGCAGAGUCCACUUCCCCUCCGCAGCAUUGGAUUGGUGAGAUCCUCCGCCACGACCGAGGUUGAGUAUGCCCGCACUGCCGAGGAAGAAGAGGAAGGUAGGAUACUGCGAGUUGGACUCAUCUGCGGCGGUCCUUCCGCCGAGCGCGGAAUUUCUCUCAACUCCGCCCGAUCAGUGCUCGAUCAUAUUCAGGGAGAUGAUUUGCACGUGAGUUGCUAUUACAUAGACUACGCUAUGAAAGCUUUCGCCAUUUCGUCUGCUCAGCUCUACUCGAACACACCUGCCGAUUUUGAUUUCAAACUUGAAAGCCUUGCGCAAGGCUUUGAGUCGUUAGCUGAAUUCGUCCAACACCUUGCCACCUCUGUCGAUAUAGUAUUUCCGGUCAUACAUGGUCGUUUUGGCGAAGACGGAGGGAUUCAAGAGCUAUUGGAGAAAUCGAAUAUUCCUUUCGUUGGAACGCAGUCUAGUGAAUGUCGCACUGCAUUUGACAAAUAUGAUGCCUCGUUGGAGCUUGACAGACAAGGAUUCGUUACAGUACCGAGCUUCCUGGUACAGGGAUAUGAAUUCGAACAAACUGAGUUGUCAAAUUGGUUCAGUAACCAUAAUUUGGAUGUCGAACAAGGAAAAGUUGUGGUAAAACCAGCAAGAGCUGGAUCGAGUAUUGGAGUUGCUGUUGCUUAUGGUGUUACUGAUUCUCUAACAAAAGCUAAUGCAAUCAUUUCAGAGGGAAUUGAUGAUAAAGUUGUUGUGGAAAUUUUCCUAGAAGGUGGCAGAGAAUUUACAACCAUCGUUCUCGAUGUAAGUUCUGGCCUCGAUUGCCAGCCAGUUGCUCUACUCCCAACUGAGGUGGAACUUCAAUCUCACAGCAACGUCGAUUUAAGUGAAAAGGACGUCAUUUUUAACUAUAGGCGAAAAUAUCUACCAACACAGCAGGUUGCUUACCAUACUCCACCUCGAUUUCCAGAAGAUGUAACUAGACUUAUUCGUGAAGGUGCCUCUCUGUUAUUUCAUCGGCUUGGCCUGCGUGAUUUUGCUAGAAUCGAUGGUUGGUUUUUGCCACCUUCGGCUAAUGCUAGGUACCUUAAAGGCAAUAAGUUUGGGCACUCGGAGUCAGGGACAAUAGUGUUCACUGAUAUUAACCUGAUAAGUGGUAUGGAGCAAACAAGUUUCUUAUUUCAGCAAGCUUCAAAGGUUGGAUUUUCCCACUCCAAUAUUCUUCGCACCGUAAUCCAACAUGCUUGCUUGCGGUUUCCCAGCCUCCACCGUUAUAGUGUGGUGUCAAGUCCAUAUCUAGAGAAGAAAUAUUCGAAACCUAACAAAUCUCCUGCAAAACAUCAAGAUCAAAGGAGGAAAGUUUAUGUUAUUUUCGGUGGAGACACUUCAGAGCGACAAGUAUCCCUUAUGAGUGGAACUAAUGUCUGGCUAAAUUUACAAACAUUUAGCGAUCUCGAGGUGACACCUUGCUUGCUCGCAUCCAGUACAAACGGCUCAAGGGCGGUUUGGUCCUUACCAUAUUCUGUGGUGCUGAGGCAUACUACUGAGGAAGUUUUGGACGCAUGCAUUGAGGCCAUUGAGCCUGUUCGAGCAGCGCUGACUUCUCACUUGCGAAGUCAAGUAAUGGAUGAGAUCGCAGAAGGGUUGAAGAAACACACUUGGUUCACAGGGUUCGAUAUAUCUGAUGACAUACCAAAGAGACUUUACCUUGACCAAUGGAUCAAGCAAGCUAAAGAAGAAGGGGCAGCUGUUUUUAUUGCUGUUCAUGGUGGAAUAGGCGAAGAUGGUACUCUUCAGUCGCUAUUGGAGGCCGAGGGAGUUCCCUAUACUGGUCCCGGAGUUUUUGCUUCCAAGACAUGUAUGGAUAAAGUAGCAACGUCGUUUGCCCUCCAACAUCUUGCAUCUCACGGUGUCCUAACAAUCAAUAAGGAAGUAAGAAGGAAAGAGGAACUACUAAAAAUCCCACCACUCGAAACAUGGCAUGAUUUAACAUCAAAACUCGGUUCUGACACAGUCUGCGUUAAACCAGCUAGAGACGGUUGCUCAACUGGAGUAGCAAGAUUAUGUUGUGAUGGGGACCUUGCUGUGUAUAUCAAAGUGCUAGAGAGUGGCCUAGCGCGGAUUCCUCCUAAUAGUUUGUCAAAGGCGCACGGGAUGAUUGAAAUGCCAAUUCCUACUCCAGAGCUCUUGAUAUUCGAGCCCUUUGUUGAGACUGAUGAGAUAGUUGUUUCACCCGAUACACAUGACUUUCUGUGGGAAGGCAAUAGCCGAUGGGUCGAGAUAACAGUUGGCGUGAUCGGUAAACGCGGGGCAAUGAGGUCUUUGACUCCUAGCAUCACUGUUAAAGAAACUGGAGAUAUACUAUCACUAGAGGAGAAAUUUCAAGGCGGAACCGGCAUCAACUUGACACCACCACCCCUCUCAAUAAUAAGUACGGAAGCCCUUGAGAAAUGUAAAGAACACAUUGAACUCAUAGCGAACACUCUCCAGUUGGAAGGAUUUUCGCGAAUUGAUGCGUUUGUGAAUGUUGACAGUGGCGAGGUGUUGAUCAUUGAGGUUAACACAGUUCCUGGGAUGACACCUUCCACAGUCCUAAUUCAUCAGGCACUUACAGAGAAACCUCCCAUGUAUCCUCACCAUUUCUUUCGGACACUGCUGGACUUAGCUUCUCAAAGAUGUCUGUAAAUUGUGCCAUUUUCUCUGAUAUAAGUCUCCUAAAACUGCUUAGUGAGACAUGUGUGCUUGUUCUAAAUUUAAUGUGUUGCAACUUACAUUUAGAGGUGUCAAGUAUGGAUUUUAGUCCGGCAAAGCCUUUUGUAAUUGUGAUUUUAAAUUUCAAAGUUACAGAUUCAUGCAUUUUUUUAA